AUGGGAGAUCCUGGACCUCCUGCCACAGUCGAGCCACCGUGUCAUCGUCGUCUCUUCAGCCGCCCUGGUCCUGUGUGCAGUGAAGGAAAUGGGGUCUCCCAGACCGCCAGCUCAGGCAAGUACACGUCUAAUGAAAGCGCAGUGUUAUCGGGCUCAGAUCUCUCCUUGGAUUCCAGCACCUUUCCUGAUGCUGCUGCUGCUGUAGUUCAAACCGAACCGGCGGAGCGCCGCUUCCUGACAGUAUACUACCAGAACGUGAGAGGUCUCAGAACAAAAACCAACGAAACAUUUCUGGCACUCUGUCGCUGCGACUACGACGUUAUCGUUUUAAUCGAAACCUGGCUCACGGAGGCGAUCAAAGAUGCCGAGUUAACAAAAAACUACAAGCUGUUUCGAUGCGACCGCAACCCAGAAAGCAGUUCUCUACUUCGAGGAGGAGGGGUCCUUAUCGCAGCUAAAGCUAAGCUCGGGUGUAAAGCUGUCGAGCUACUCAAUUGCGAAAGCUUGGAACAGACCGUAAUUCGCCUGACCCUGCCACUGCAAACGUUGUUCGUGUGCUGUGUCUACAUCAGACCCGUUAGCGAUCCCGCCACCUACGCCACCCACGCCGCCGCCGUGCAGCAAGUCAUCGACCUUUCCAAGGAAUCGGACUCUGUCUUAGUUGUUGGCGAUUACAACCUCCCGAAUCUAAUCUGGUACCAUGACGACGACACGGACAGCCUCCUUCCUGUAAACGCUUCUUCAGAGCAGGAAGUCACGCUAGUUGAGUCGAUGUUGCCGCUGGGUCUUACACAAGUAAACGACUUGCCCAACGCGUUUGGUAAGCUGCUGGAUCUGGUAUUUGUCAGUGACAACGUAUCGGUCGAGUUGUUCGAGCCUCCAUGCCCUCUUUUGAAAGUUGAUCAGCACCACAACCCGCUUCUUAUGCAGCUGGAGUACAGAACUGCGUUGAACGACAACACUGUUGAACCCGAUGCUGUCUUUGACUUCAAAAGGUGUGAUUACACGACUUUGAACGAGAGAAUCCUUGCUGUCGAUUGGCUGACCUUUCUGGAUGCUCCCUGUGUCAACUCUGUGACUGAAAUGUUCUACGAAAAACUCUUUGAAAUCUUCAACGAGGUUGUACCAAGGAAGUCAGUAUGCAUCUGCCACCGCUACAGGCAGCCCUGGUGGAACGACGAUUUGCGCUUGCUCCGAAAUCGUCUGCGGAAAGCAACUAGCAGGUUUCUAUCAACUAAAACAGCGUGGGACAAAGUCGUCGCGCGUAACAUCGAAGAAGAGUACCUAAAUUAUCAACAAGAGAGCUUCCAGAACUACAUCAAUGAUCUGCAAAGUGCCGUGAAGAGCAACCCGUCAAAAUUCUGGACCUAUGUGAACGCAAAAAAGCAGACUGAACAAACUCCGCUGGACGUGUCCUACCGUGAUGUCAACAAUGAUGACAUCCUCAAGGUUCUUUCGAGCGUCGAUCCUAGCAAAGGUCCUGGUCCCGAUGGUCUCCCACCAGUAUUCGUGAAAAGCUGUGCAAACUCGCUUGUUGUGCCGGUCUCGGUGAUCUUCAACAAAUCGCUGGAACAUGCAAUCUUCCCCGACAUCUGGAAACUUGCGUCGAUUAGUCCAAUCCAUAAAUCCGGUAACGUAAGCGAGGUCGAAAACUACCGGCCUAUUUCUAUCCUAAGCUGUUUAGCAAAAGUGCUAGAAAAGGUCGUUUACGACAGGCUGUUCCCAGCAGUGCGACGGAUUAUCUCGGCAAACCAACACGGGUUCAUGCGGAACCGGUCAACUACCACGAACCUUCUUUCCUUCGUCUCACCUACCAUCAACGUGUUGGAGAGUGGAGGCCAGGUGGACGCAGUGUAUAUCGACUUCGAGAAGGCGUUCGACAAGGUGCCGCACACGCUGACCAUCAAGAAGCUGAAAAAACUUGGCCUCCCGGACUGGAUCGUCGCUUGGCUUCACUCCUAUUUGACGAGCAGGAAGGCUUUCGUUAAUCUCCGGGUAACUCGUUCCGAUAUCUUCGAUAUUCCUUCUGGCGUCCCGCAAGGUAGCCACCUGGGGCCGCUCAUUUUCAUACUGUUUGUGAAUGAGCUCAACACUUUGACGGGUUCAAGUACGCUUAUGUACGCCGACGAUCUUAAACUCUACCGAACUGUAAAAUCUCACGUCGACUGCCUCGCUCUACAAGCAGAUGUGGACACCUUGCUGCACUGGUGCGACCGGAACGGGAUGACAGCGCACGCAAAAAAGUGUAAGGUUCUGUCAUUCAGCCGUUCGAGGAACCCUAUAAUCUCGGACUACAGCAUGAAUGGACAACAACUCGAUCGUGUGGACACCUUCAAGGACCUGGGAGUAGUUGUUGACAGUAAGUUGAGGUUCAACCAGCACAUUGCCCUAACGACCGCCAAAGCUUUUGCCAUGUUGGGCUUCCUGAAAAGGAGUACCAAGCACUUCGACGAUCCUUACUCGCUAAAAUCGCUCUUUUGCUCGUUACACGUCAAGGACUCAGGAACAACCCACCACUGCUUAGUGUCCCGCGGCACCGAACGGUUUAUGGACAUCACAACCCGUUAG